AUGAAACUACAAGUCCUCGACAAGAACGCCCCCUCCUUCGCCAGAGAAGUCGUUGGAAUCCUGAACUCAGCCCUCCCACAAGCCAGCACAUCCUCAUCUGCCGACGCAGCCAAAGCGCUAAACGAGCUGUCUCGGCCGGUGCUGGACCCUAGUGGUGCAGAAAACGAAGGAGAAGCAGCUGGAUUCCUCUGGUGGUUCUGGCAACUAAUCCACGAUCUUUCUCGGCAGAUUCCCCACUAUCGUCCUGAGCAGGAUCGCCUGGUAGCUGUUAUAAAGGAACUCCGAGAUCUUCCAUCCAAGACCGUCGUUCUCGACGGAUGGGGCCUCGCGCAGGUAUGGGGAGGCUUACCACUGUUCGGAAGUACAUUAAGAGAGGAAUGGGAUAGCGAUGGCGCAGCCCCGAUGGAUUCGAAUCUGAAGAAUCGCUUCCUGAAUCUGCAAUCCUACGCUGCCCGAGUCGCCGGUCUCGGUCUCGUCCCGCUAGAGGCAUAUGCUAUCUGGGCAUUAACAGAUGCCCUAGAAGGCGUGAUGACGCCUAUCCGAGGCGCGCCGGACGAAGUUAACCCCGACCCGGCCGCAGUCGAAGAUCUGCCAUUUAAAGUUGCUGCUGCAGCUGAGUGGAUCAUCCAUGCUGGGAAUGUCCUUUAUGGACGUGAUGAGGAGGUUUAUGCCACUGCUGGGGGGCCAUUGUGGAGGCUGGAUAAGGCGGAGGCAAGGCGAUUAAGACGCAGGUAUAGGGGUACUCAGGGAUUGUGUCCCGCGCGGUGGACGCUGUGGAAACAGCGAUUUGGCGCUAUUAGGGAUAGUGAGGAAGUCGAUGAUAGUACGCGAAGGGUGGCAGGGCGGGCAUACGGUGCUAUGGAAAGGGUCGAGCGGACGCAUUCGGAGUAG